GGUUCAAUAUUGGGUUUGCUUUUAGUAGAUUUGUAUUGUAUUCAUUUACUUUUCUGACUAUUUACGAAACACCUUUUGGGCUCGACGUUUCUUUGUUGUCCACAUCCCCCCAGCUUCGUUUUUCCCCCCUUUAUUGUGGAGGCAUGGAUUCAUUACCACUAUAAGCAUGGCUAAACUUACCAAAAAUAAUAAUCGUAAUGUAUAUGUAUAUAUACACAUAUACACUCAUACAUACAUAUAACUAGUUGCAAAGAUGUAAGAUAUACCUUUCUCAUUCUUGAAUUAUAUAGAGGCUAGAGCGUAAGGGGAUGGCAUUUUUUGCUCAUAAUUUUUCCUUUUAAUCGCGUGCUAACAUUUGUGUAAAGGGGCUAGGGGAGCAGAACAUAAAAGGUCUGUCCUUGCAAUUUUGACAAAAUUACCGUUGUAUCACUCCUCCCCCCCCCCCCCCCAGCCUCCCUUAUGUCCUUUCUAGAAGAAACCGUUGGUUUUCACUUUUGUUUCAAUUAAAAUGUUUAUAUUAUUUUUUCCCCUUUUGCUUAAUAGCCUAAUUGUAAUAUUAGCAAUACUAUAAAUCCACGCGUUAAAUCUCUAAACCUUUUGAUAAAAGAACAUAUAUUUAUCUAUAAGUUAUCUGUCCUGGUCUCAAAUGGAUUCAUCAUUAUCAUUCUGCUUCUUUCUUUUUGUAUUUGGCUAUCUACUUCUAUCUCGAUUAAAAUACAGUUCACCAAAGUUUAGGGAUAACGCAAAAAGGAUUCGGAAAUGUAUGCGGACUAUAUGUAAUACCAUGCGUAGGUAAAGUUUUUUUCUACGUGCUUCGAAGUAGCUGUAUUAUCUAUCACUUUACUAUUUUUGUUGAUGCAGCGUGUGCUCGUAAAUCUGAUCAUGGCAUUGUGGUCGUGUAUGCUGGUGUGUUCAUGCAAUAUCUUUACCACCUCCCAUGAGUGCAGUGGGGAAGAUCUCGUUCAUCCACAAAUCAUUUGUUUAUUUUUUAAAAUUGCCAACAUUGUCAAUAGCCAUAAGUUGAUUUACGAAUCGUUCUGAGGUAAUCAUAGGAAGAAUUAAGCUCCUGUGUAAGAGAAAAAAGGCAGAGGGCGAGAAUGUAGAGAGGACUCCCCUGAGGUGAUAGCUUAGAAACGAAGGAUGGAUCUCUGUAGAAAAGGUACAAAUUGAAUUCAAGCGGGGGUUAUUUUUCAUAGGCUUCUUUUCUGAUUUGAUGCAUUUUUCUAUGAUUUUAUUCUCCAUCCUUUUCACUAUAACAUAUUUUUUUUUCUGUGUGGAUUUGUGAAAGGUGUUGCGAUUGCUGUUCACUUACAAGUUGCUAAGGGUAUGGCGUGAAACUGGUAAAUGAGUCGUGAUGGGCAUAUCGCUUCUCUUUAACUACUUUCAUUACUAGUUUUCCUAUUCAAGGUAAUUUAUCUGUAUGUGUGCGUGAUUUGAUAUACAUAGUGAUGCAGAUGAAAAUGGUAUUAUGGAAGGGGCUAGCGAAGGGGGAAAGCUUAGGUAACAGAAAAAAAGACAUGGGGCUGAAUUGUGCUGUUGUAAAAUCAUAUGUGCAUUUUAUUCGUAAGCUAUAGGGUUUAUCCGAUUACGUGCUUGUCAUUGGUGGUUUUAGGGGGAAAGAGAGUGCUGCGUGAGGAAAGGUGGUUGCUAGAGUUGUAGUGAUGUGUAUACAUCGGCAAUAGCAGAGGAUGGACUCCAACUAUUCUUUGCAUGCUAACAUGCACUUAAGAGUGGAGAGGCGAGAGUUCAAUAUCGACAACAAAAUGUUUCAAGCGAAAUAUUGCACAGCACCUUAAUGAUUUAAUCUUGUUUUCAAUUCGAAGGUUCGCCUGAUUGAGAGACAAAUAGUUCGUAGUUGAGAUAGAGCUAUUGGGGUGAAAGGGAAAAGUGACGGAUCGAGCGAAAAGGAAGAAGCAUACAUUUAGCUUUGAAAGUCCUGAGUUUCACGUCAAAGUUCACAUAUCUUAAGGUUGCACAUAUAUCCUCAUCAGAUUUUUCUACUGGUGGGUAGGAUCCUUUCGAUGAGGCGAAGAGCACGGACGGCGUGAGCUUGAGUUUGCUUUAUUUUUUUCUCUCUUCUGGAGUUAGAUGUCAUUGAGAGAAGCGACACAGCAUGGAACCCAUGUCGCCUGUACAUGAAGGAAGGAACAUAGAAUAAGUAGGAGAGAAAAAGGGGUGGAUUGGAAAGAAGUAUCGAUGAGGAAAAGUGCCACUUAGGAAGUUUUAUGAAUGGAAUUCGUUUCUUUUUAUAAAAUGGACUCUGCUCUACGUACCCUAACCCUAUAUUUAAGAUGAAGUGAUUCCAACUUCAUCUGCUUCGCCGCUUCCACUCCCAUAGCACCCCUCUGGGGAAAUAUGGUACUGGGAGCGCGCGAAGGCCUCGCAUUUUGUGGUCGCGCCUCCACAAAAAGGCUCACUAUGAAAUGAGGAGGAUCCUUUUUUUGACUUUCCUUUUCGUUUAACUCCUUUCCUUCUUGCCCCUGGUCAAAUAAAUCUCCACGACUGGACGGUACUUAUUCUCUUCCGUGCAGUAAUGUAGCCCCGCUUGGCCUGUUGUUUGGGCUUAAUAUUAUUGUGUGCGUUUAAACAGAUGCGUUUCAUACGUGGUCUUCGUGUUUCACUUUCACGGAGUGACAUGGAUCAUAGGGCUGCUCGUUUUUAUUUCACUCUUUCUCGAAUGGCUUCCAUCCUUACUGGUCCCUUCCUCAUUUUCUUCCCUCAAUCCUGACUUACUGCAUUUUCGCUGCUUUCCUAUGUAGUGUAUGGGCUGCUUCAAGGAUGGCAUGGGUCUUUUUUCUUGCCUGUUGAUUUCUCCCGCUUCUUGAGGUUGAGCAUACCGGCUGUAAUGGUCACCUACAACCUCCAGAAGUGUGAGAAAUCACUCGAAAGAUAGAGAUUCGUCAAAAUGCACCCAUCAAAAAGUAUCGCUCGUGAAGAAAAAAGGCAAGGUAGAAAUAGGGGGAGUGCGGAAUGAAAGACGCUCUGAACGGGAAUGUGAAUGAAUGAAAUAAUCUCGGCGCAAUGGGCAUGGCUCAAUGAAGAUGCGGCAAGAGAGCACACACAUUGCGCAGACUCUUGUACCACCACGAUAAAAGAAAGAAGGAAUAGCAAACGACGCCGCCGUCUGUGCUCUUAGCCUGUUUCCACAUAUCAUUUUUCUCUUUCUUCUUCUUUAAUAACGGUCUGCGAAGAUUUUAUUUUUAGCGUUUCACAUCGUUGCUUUCCUUGAAAAGAAACCCUCUGAUGCCUCUGAUCUUUUUGCGGUUAUUUGUCGACAACGAGGCCCUAUACCUUCAUGAAAACAUUAUCAUGAAAUGAGACUGUGCAUGCGCAAGAUAUUAAACCACUUCACCCUGCUUUCUAUAUAUCUUUUUGUUUUGCUCACUUUUAUGGGAUCAUCUUUGGUCUGGGUAUGUUUAGCCUCUUCCGAUGGACGAAUGCAAAACGCCUCCCGAUAACUGCUAUUAUCUCCCCAUCACAACAUAUUUGCUGAGAUGGUUUAUUAUUCGUCUUGAAAUUUUAAAUUAUGGUGCGCCACUAAUGAAAUAAUAAAGUGAACCCCUGCUCAGUGAUGUAUCACAUUUGCGAUGUGCGUUGGAGUGUUUUGAAUCGUUUUGCUUGCUUGCCUUUCAUCUCGAAUACGUGUUUGUGCUGACGCAGAUCCCCCUUAUGGUCUUUUUUCCCCUCGCGUAGUGUAUAGUCGAACAAAGAUUGGGAACUAAACCACAAUGGAGUCGUCUCGGGAAUGUUACACCUUCACGCUUGUCGAGCAGAUCUCCCAGUGUGCGGAGUCGAAAAUCUACAUGGCCGAUUUCUACGGCCUCCCGGCGGUCUGCAAGCAUCGCUUUGAGAAGCAAUAUCGCCACGCGAAGCUAGAUAAGAAGCUACGUGAGCAGCGCACCCUACGCGAGGCUCGUGCGCUUGCGCGUUGCCGGAAACACGGGAUUCGCUGCCCGGCCGUGUACGCCGUGAAUCGUAAGGAUUGCAAAAUCAUCAUGGAGCACAUCAAAGGGCAAACCUUAAAGGUGGUGUUAGACAACGAACUCAAGCAGUGCUCGCAAAGGGAGGCAGGAGGUGGAAAUGAGGAGGGUGGAGCGGCGACGCCCUACGCGCAGCAGCUCCUCCGCGGUGUUGGCGAGGUCGUCGGGCAGCUCCACAACGCCGACGUCAUCCACGGCGACCUCACGACGUGCAAUUUUAUGGUCGAGGACGACACCCACGGCGAGGGCCCCGCGCGGGGGCUUUACCCCCCGGCGUUGAUGCCCUCCGGCGCGCGUAAAAGCCUCGUCGUGAUCGAUUUCGGCCUCGUCGCGGAUAAAACCAGCGCGGAGGAACGCGCCGUUGAUUUGUACGUUCUCGAGCGCGCGGUGGUAUCGGCGCAUCCGUAUUUGCAAUCAAUCGCGUCGGGUGUGAUUCUGGAAGGGUAUCUGAACGUGGUGGAGCCGAAGAAAGGAAAGGCGACGCUGGAUCGGCUGGAGGUGGUGCGAUCGAGGGGGCGUAAGCGUAGUAUGAUUGGAUAG